AUGUUUUUGUCAAAUCAUACGGACGAUGCGGAACUUAAAGAUCAGGACAUUGAUUUCACGUCGCUGCCGUUAAGCGAGGCUUUACAAGUAAGUACGUAUAGGUACUGAAAUGUAUAGUAUUUACCUGAAGUGUGACGAUGAGCCGUGUUUCUGUUAACCCUUUCAAACCUCACACAGUUUAGUAAAAAUAUAAUUAUUUCUAAUUUUAUAUAUUAUUAUUCAAUUGUGAUUGGUUGUUUAAAUUACCAACAUUUUAAACCAUGGACUUUUUUUUUAAAUAUAAAAUUGAAUACCUACUAAAAUAUUUAUCACAAAUAUUCGGUUGACGAGCAAACAAGUGUAAACUGUUAAUUUUCACGGAUUUAUGGAAAUCAUCGUCCGAUGGCUUAUAUGUUUAUAAUACAUAUGCUAGUGCUAUAAAUCAAAGCCGGCAACUCUAAGUUCUAUUGGUAAAAAUAAUGUCAGAAACGAUAUGUACUAGUACGCGAUGACCAACUGUAACAGGAACUAUUUAUUUUUAAGAUAUCUAUACAUCUAUUAUGAGCCGAAUCUAUUUUAUAUCCACUCAUGAGAACACUGAAAACCAACUGCGAUUGUUUUAUUCACUGUAGCCGCAGUGACAGUACAAUGGGUCUUUAUCACAUCUAUGUGAUUUUCGUUUUUUUUUUUUUUUUUAGAGACGUAGAGAAGAAUGCGAACGAAAAGCGAGGAGAGGGGAAAUGGACCCCAGGCUGGAGUUUACAUUUCAAUUACUCAUCGACUACACGGGACUUCCGAGAAAUGAUGUUAUGGACUACGUGUUCGAAUCAAAUAUGGUAAGGUAUAGAAAAAAUAAUUUUUCAAAAAGAUAUAUUGAUCAGGCAACGAAAUAAAUAAAGAACUUCAAGAAUUUGUCCAAUUUUUUUAUUUAAAGCUAAUAUAUGCAUGGUUCUGAUAAUAAAUAUUAUGAAAAUACAUGAUUUUAUUUAUCUUGAAAUUACUAUUUAAUGCGAUGCGUGUACAGUCUACGAAAAACUAAUAAUUAAUGUGCUGCGUGUAAUAAAAACGUGAUUAUUCUCAGUUGGACCAAAUAAAUGAGCUAUUUUUGCCACACGGCAGAUCGAAACUGAUGUGGUUCUACCAGGACGUCGAAGUCGACGACUCGGAUUCGUUUGAAGUGGUAUGAUAACUUAUACAGACAAAAAUGUGGUUUUCACGUCAUCGUGUCUAAUGGAUAAUAUUGUUGGUUUUAAAUUUAUUCGCGUGACAUGAAACGAUUUCGUUGUCAUGGUGAAUUUUAGGUUUUGGUGAAGACAUCCAACAGCAGAAACCUCCCACCAAUAAGGCCCAGCAUGUUAUCCAAGCCGAAGAAAAAAAAACUGUUUCUCACGGAUGGUUGGGAAGUCGGACUGACGGGCAUUUGUAUUUACAUCAUCCGAUUAAACACCACUAAGCAGUUACCCGAAGAAGGGUUUCACAAGGAUUUAAUCUGUGGCACAUUAGACGCGGAGAAAAAAGGCUUGGUCAAGAGCAUAGCUAGAAUCAUAGAAUAUGUAUUUAUACCAGUGUUGGCCAUACCGCAGACCGGUGACGAACCGUCCGAAGAUCAACCGGACUGUCCGUUGAUCAAAAGUCAGCUGCUCCCAGAACUGAGAUCGUUUUGCAGUUGUCUAAAAGGUAAGUCCCUACACAAUAACAUUUUGAUACAACCUAAUGUGGUCUAAGUUUUUGAACUAACCGAUUAAGUAAAAAACUUUAAUCACUCAUAUAUUUAGUGAAUAUGAAAAUGUGUUUAUUAUUUUGUUAUUUAAGUGUGCGAAGAAGUAUGUGACCAACCAAAUAUUUUUGCUGAUGACAUGAGUUUGAUAUCAAAAGUUCCUUCGUAUAGAGAAGCUAAACAUCUUGCCACUAAUAGGGAUGAAAUAUUAGUUUUAGAAAAACGAGUUACAAAUUGGAUAAGGAGAAUACGAGAAGUAUAUAAAAUAUCAAUUUGUUUAUAAUUUGAUUAUUAUAAAUUAGCUUUUGAUUUUAGAUAUUGUUAGAGGAUGAAAAAUUACAAUAUGAAAGUGAUACUAGUGGACCCCAAGACGAGUUGGAGUUUUGGAAAAAACGCGGAGCACAAUUUUCGCAAAUCGCUGCCAAUCUAAGUUGGGAAGAAGUAUAUAAUUUAUUUCUUUAAUAAUACUUUGUUCUAUGAUUUAUUGUUUUAUUUAAUACUUGUAUACUUGAUAUAAUAGUUCUAUGUAUUUUUUUGCUUAUAUAAUAUAAUAGGUAAUCAUGACCAUUUGUUGUUUACAACUUUCACGUUCUCGCAUGGUCGAUCGAUGGAGGCGCACAGACAAUCAUUUGACACUAUGUUAUAAUGAGGCAAAAGAUAACUCUAAAUACAUUCAAGCGUUGGAAAAAUGCUGUCAUUCACUAUAUCUCGAUAAUCCGGUAAAAAUGAGAAACUCUUUAGUGCGUAUGCUUCAAACUGUACGCCUUAUCCAUGAUGUGUCUAUGUUUUACAAUACAACCGAGAAAAUAUCAUCUCUUAUGGUCAAAGUAAUAAUCUUUAAAUUCGUAUGAAAAAUGAUAAUGUAAAAUAAAAAUUAAUUAUUUUCAGAUUACAAACCAAAUGAUUGAGAGCUGUAAACUUCAUAUUACGAAUCGAAGUAAAGACACAAUAUGGUCACAAGAUAGAGGCGUUCUUACUAUUAAAUUAAAUGAGUGUAUUAUGUUAAACAAAUUAUACCAUAAUACUUACGAAAGAGUGAAAAAUCAUCACGGCGCAGGAAGACAAUUUAGUUUUUCUGAAAAUUAUGUAUUUGGUAAAUUCGAUGGAUUUUGUGAUCGACUUAUGAAAAUUUUGACAGUUUUUGAUACGGUUGACGAUUAUAAUGGACUAUUUGAACGAAGAAUGGAAAGUUUGCUUUUUGGAGAAGGUAUAAAUGAUAGACAUUUUAUAAUUAUACAAACGUAAUAAUUUAUACUUAUGUAUUGAAAAACAUUUUUUUCAGCCUUAGAUAAUGCUGUACGGACAUUCGAAGAAGCGAAAUUGGUAGUCAUGAACAAAAACUACGAUUAUUUAAAUCAGAAAAAUAGAGAGUUUGAUCACGAUUAUACGACUUUCUUUGUUAUGGUUCAAACAUUAAAAGAUGAUUUAGCACACACAAUAGAAACUAAUUUUAGUUCUGUCUGGGAGACAGGCCAAGGAAUAAAAUUUCUUGAUAAGUUUGAAAAAGUAUGAAAAUAUGUUUCAGUAUAGUAUCAGAUUAUGUAACUACUCAAUUUUUGGUUUAAAACAAUAGAUCGCCACUAAGAUACCAGUGACACGUAUGGACAUAAAAUAUAGUAGAGUAUUGAAAUACUGCGAAAGUCAAAUAGAUAGAACAUUAAAAUUAUUUAAAAAACGUAAAGGCAAUCCUCCGGUUCCUAAGAACUUUCCCCCACUUUCCGGUAUUUAUUACAUUAUUAUAACUUUAAUUCUAAAUUGUAUUUCUCAUUAAAUAAAAUUGCGUGUUAGGUCGUAUUGUAUGGGUUAGAUCAUUACAACAGCGAUUAAGUUAUUUAAUGGAUGAAGCUACCGACCAUCCGGUUUUAAAAGUAAUGCCAGAAAUGACGGAUGUUCAAAAAAAAUUUGCCUCUAUGUCAGUUGCUUUGCAAAACUAUGAAGAAGAAAUUAAAAAUAUCUGGAUGAAUCACAAUGUAAAUAUAUUUUAUUUUAUUAAUUAAUUUUUAAAUUUGUAACAUCUUACAUUUUUUUGUAUAGGUUAAAGUGAUAGAACACUGUUUGGUACAACCACUGUUAAAAUUUAAGAAUACUACUAAUAUGGUUAAUGUGAAUUUCGAUUCUAGAUUGAGCUUGCUUAUACUGGAAUCUAGCUGUAUGCUAAAAAUGGGACUACAAGUUCCAAUUAUCACAAAAGCUUUAUUUUUUAGAAAAGAUCAUUUCACAUUAAUGUGUGAUACACUACAAGUAACAAAAUUAUUUUUUUUUUUAAAGUUAUUGUAUUUUAUAUAUAUAUAUAUAUAUUAAAUACAUAGUGUAUGUUAAAUAAAAUGAGAAAAGUGGCCAAUAGUAUCAAUCUAGAUGUCAGACCGUUAUUUGUGACUCAGCUCGUAUGGCUGCUAGAUCUUUUAACACCUGGAUUGCAGAAAAUCGAUUGGACUGAUCCCGAAUGGAAAAGUUUUGUUGAAAAAACAAACUUUGCAAUAGACAAAUUUCAAGUUUUAGUCACUAGGUAAGGUUAAUCGUAACGUGUAAUUUAUAAAUUAUAAUAUAAUAUUUUCUUCCCAUAUUUUUAGAAUUCACGACGUUUACAAUAACAGAAUACUUCAGGUCCUAUCUUCAAUGCAGUUAAUUACGUUUCAUACAUUUCCAGAAGAUGGUUCAACAUGGACACCCGAUGAGUUUUUAGAUAAAACAGAUGAAACAUGUCGUCAAGCAGCUAUGGUUUGUGAUUUACAUAAAAUUUUAACAAUACUUAAAUAAAGAAAUUCAAAUAAUUGUGUAGGAAUUAAAUCGAAAAAGCAUUCUAAUAGAAGAAGCCGUUGAAGAAAUAUUGAAUCUUGUUCAAACAGCUAAUGAAAGUGUUGCGAUUCCAAAAUUAGAAACUGAACCCACUUCUAGAGGUACAACAGAUAAACUAUUCAUAGUAUUCAAAAAUAUAUAUAUAUAUAUGUAUAGACUGAUAUUAUUAUAGACAGAACAGAUGCCACAGAUGUGGCCAAACAAGAAGGGAAUACAGGGGAAGCUCAACCGGAUUGGAGUACUGUGUGUGAAUUUUUCAAUAAUCCAUUUGUUUUAGCAGCAUAUGAGUUACCUCCAACGGUUUACACUCUCGCUAAUAGUGCCGUUAAAGAAAUGAGACGGUAUUAUAGUCGAAAAGUUAUAGAUGUGCUGAUUAAAAUAACAAGACAGUCAAUUGAUGCUUUAAGAAAAAAGUUUUCUCAAGAACAUGGUAAGGCCAACAAAUAGGCAUUUGAAGUGGUUUCGUACAUUAAUUUAUUAUAAUCUAAACAUAUUUAUCAGGAGAAAAUCCAAUUUUUGAAGUGCAUGCAAUACUUAUGAUUCCGUCGAUAGUUAUCAGACCAGAUAUAAAUGAAUUACAGGAAUUAAUGAUCCAAGCUGGGAGAUUAAUGAUAGGGGUAGCCAAAGGAGUUGGGCAAUGGUCUGGUAAUAAAAAAACAAAGGUAAGAUUGUAGGGUAAAUAAUAAAACACGAACACUACAACCGAAGACACGGCAUUCAUCUGGGAUAAAUUUAUUUGGUAUUGUCUUGUGUUGUCCACGUGUUUGUCUUCGUGUGUGCGUCUCGUUUGUUUUUCUACCAGCAGGUGUUAGCAGAAAAACAUUGGAAACAGCUAAAAAGAGAUUGCAGUGAGCGUAGAGAACAUUUUUUUUCUAAAGUUGUUAUUUCUGAUAUGGAACAGAGUGUACCAGUCACUGUACCAACUAUAGAAGAUGCAAGAGCGAAGCGUCAAAGAUUAUACAAGUUGGCAUCUGAGAAAAAACCUCCAUUUCCAACAAUUCAUAGGAAUUUCUAUUCACAUAUCAUUGAAAAUAAAGAAAUCAUCAAGGCCCUAUCGUUACUUUCUACAUGCGUACAACCAUUAAAACCAGUACAAUUUAUAACUAUACAGUUUGUGUUAAAUCAAUAACUUUUUAUAUGUAACAAAUAGAUGCUGAUGGAAUUUUUGGUUCUAUGGGUGCCUUACAAAAUUUUAUGGAAUAAUAACCUAUCAGAAAAACGAGAUUUAUCAACAGUUUCACUGUUAGAUUCAGAAGCAUAUCUUCAAAAACACCAUGAACUCUUAGAAAGUUUAAAAGUAAAACCAGAUACGUAUCAAUUUGGAUCGUGUGUCUUAGUAUCUGUUGGUAAGUAAUCACCCAAAUGAGUGGAAUAAAUUAUAACAAAUUUAAAUUUUCAGAGAAAUUAAAAUAUGGUCUAACGAUUGAAGUGCAAUCAUGCAAUCGUCGAAUUGGACAAUUAUUACGUAAAAAAUAUCACCGGGAAAUGGAUUAUGUGUACGCUGUAAUGAAUGAAAUGGAAAGAAAGUUAGAACGACCCAUAAGGGAUUUAGAUGACAUAAGAAUGGUGAUAGAAACCUUAAAAAAAAUCAGAGAAAAUGAAGUUGAUAUGGAGCUUAAAAUAGAGCCAAUUGAAGAAGCAUUUAAUAUAUUAACACGUUAUGAUCUGCCAGUUGAAAGAGAGGAUUUAGAAUUGGUCGAUAAUGUGAGAUAUUGUUGGCAACGAGUAUUGACUCGCGCGAUGGAUAUGAAUAUUUAUUUGUUAGAAUCCCAACCACAACUACAAAAAGAAUUAGCUGAAAACUUAAGACAUUUUAAAUUGGAUUGUAUUCAGUAUUGUCACGAGUAUAGAACAUUAGGCCCAAUGAUGCCGGGACUUUCACCAAGGGAAGCUUCAGAUCGACUUAUUAUGUUUCAAGUAAACAAUUUUUUAGUAUAUGAAAUAAAAAUAUAAUUCAUAUUUAAUAAAACUAUUACCGUUACAGAAUCGUUUUGAUGGCAUGUGGAGGCGUUUACAAUCUUAUCAAAGCGGAGAGGAAUUAUUUGGUUUAGAAACUACAGAAUAUCCGGAACUGGUUCAAAUACGUAAAGAAUUGAAUCUUCUUCAAAAGCUUUAUAAACUUUACAAUGAUGUUAUCGACCGGGUUAGCAGUUACUACGAUAUCCCUUGGGGAGACGUGAAUAUAGAACAGAUAAAUAACGAAUUAAUGGAAUUUCAAAACAGAUGUCGAAAAUUACCCAAAGGAUUAAAAGAAUGGCCUGCAUUCCAUGCAUUAAAACGAACUAUAGACGAUUUUAAUGAUAUGUGUCCGCUGUUAGAAUUAAUGGCAAAUAAAGCUAUGAAACAGAGACAUUGGCAAAGAAUUAUGCAAAUUACCGGUUAUAGUUUUGAGUUAGAAAGCGAAGGAUUUUGUUUGAAGAAUAUUUUAGAAGCUCCUCUACUAAAACAUAAAGAAGAUAUCGAAGAUAUAUGUAUUUCAGCUAUGAAAGAGAAAGAUAUUGAAGCAAAACUAAGACAAGUCACUAAUGAAUGGUCAGUGCAAGAAUUAACCUUUUUAACAUUCAAUAAUCGUGGAGAACUAUUACUUCGUGGUGACACAACUGCAGAGACUAUUGGUCAACUAGAAGAUAGUUUAAUGAUUUUAGGUUCAUUGAUGUCUAAUAGGUUAAAAUUGUUGAAUUUCAUGUUUGUAUUAAUUAGUAAUAUUAUUUAUUAUAAAUUAUUAUUAUUAUAUUAGGUAUAACGCACCAUUUCGAAAACAAAUACAGCAGUGGGUAUACGAUUUAUCUAAUACUAAUGAAAUUUUGGAGCGUUGGUUAUUGGUUCAAAAUAUGUGGGUGUAUUUAGAAGCGGUGUUUGUUGGUGGUGAUAUUGCCAAACAAUUACCCAAAGAAGCCAAAAGGUAAGAUUUAUUAAUCAACUAAACUGUUUUUUUUUUUUUGAUUGUACUAAUCAAAGAAGUAUUGUUAAAUAGAUUUAGUAAAAUAGACAAGUCGUGGCAAAAAAUAAUGCAACGAGCACAUGAAACACCAAGCGUAGUUAUUUGUUGUGUGGGAGAUGACAUGUUAAAACAACUUUUACCUCAUUUACAAGAACAACUUGAGUUAUGUCAAAAAUCUUUAAGCGGGUAAACAAAUUGAUGUUUGAUAACUUUAUACGAAUAUUGUAAAAUACUUUAUUAUUUUACAGUUAUCUAGAAAGAAAACGAACUAUGUUUCCAAGAUUUUUUUUUGUUUCUGAUCCAGCUCUAUUAGAAAUUUUAGGACAAGCUUCUGAUUCACAUACAAUUCAAAAUCAUUUACUUUCAAUAUUCGAUAACACUAAAGCAGUAAAAUUCCAUGAAAUCGAAUAUAAUAAAAUGACUGCCAUUAUUUCCAUGGAAGGUGAAGUUAUACCUCUUGAAAGAGCUGUUAGAGCUGAAGGUAGUGUUGAAACUUGGUUAACGAGUUUGUUACAGACAUCACAGCAAACUAUUCAUUCGAUUAUUCGAUCAGCAAACCAUCAAAUAAAUGACAAUAAUUUUACAUUAUUACCAUUUCUAGAAAAAAUGCCAGCUCAGGUAUUGUAACUGUCAUAAAUAAAUUAUCCAAUAUCUAAAAAUAAAUUAUAGUUAUAACGAAUAAGUAUUUAUCUAACUAAACUAUAGAUUGGAAUAUUGGGAAUUCAAAUGAUUUGGACAAGAGACUCGGAAGUAGCAUUAAUACAUGCUAGAUCAGACAGAAAACAAAUGCACGAUACUAAUAACCGAUUUUUAGAAUUAUUAAAUACAUUAAUUGAUCAAACAACAAGAGAUUUAACGCGUAUUGAAAGAAUAAAGUUCGAAACAUUGAUUACAAUACAUGUUCACCAAAGGGAUAUUUUUGAUAUUUUGGUAAUAUUAUUUGUGUGAAUUUUGUAAAAACAAUGUAACUGCUUUCUGGACCACCUAAUCUACUUUUAUAUUUAAUUUUGUCCACAAAUAUUAAAAAAAAAAUAAUAAUUAGAAAAUAUUGAGCCGAUCAUAUUAUCAUAUUGUUUCACUAUCUAACUCACUUUGAUUUAAGGUACUAAUAAUUAUUAUUAUUUGUAUAAAUAUAUAUAUUAACAUAUAUGUACACAAUAAAUAUUUCAUUAAUUUAAGUCUAUAGAGGGUAUAUAAUAAUAUUCACAAUAAUCUGUUAUUUUAAUAUAAAAUUUAGUGCCGUCUUAAUGUGCGUUCUGUUAAUGAUUUUGAAUGGUUAAAACAAUGUCGAUUUUACUUUAAAGAAGACUUGGAUAAAACUUGGAUUUCUAUAACUGACGUCAAUUUUAAUUACCAAAACGAAUACUUAGGGUGUACAGAACGUCUUGUUAUUACACCUCUUACUGAUAGGUUUGACCAGUAUAAUUGUAUGUAUCUACCUACUAUUAUAAUAAUUUAACGAAUUAUUUGUAUUAGGUGCUAUAUAACAUUAGCCCAAGCAUUAGCAAUGAGUAUGGGUAGUUCGCCUUGUGGACCUGCUGGUACUGGAAAAACUGAAACUGUUAAGGAUAUGGCGAAAACUUUAGCAAAAUACGUGGUGGUUUUCAAUUGUUCCGAUCAAAUGGAUUAUCGAGGCUUGGGAAGGAUUUAUAAAGGUCUUGCUCAAUCAGGAACAUGGGGCUGUUUUGACGAAUUCAAUCGUAUCGAACUUCCAGUGUUAUCAGUUGCAGCCCAACAAAUAGCAGUAGUGUUAUCAGCAAAAAAAGAAAAGAAAAAACAGUUUACCUUUACGGACGGAGAUUUGAUAGAUCUUUGUCCUGAAUUUGGCAUAUUUAUUACAAUGGUAAACUCAAUAAAUAUUAAACACUAAUUAAUAAUUUUUAAUUAAAUCUUCAUAUAUUUUAGAAUCCAGGUUAUGCUGGCCGUAAAGAACUUCCAGAAAAUUUAAAAAUCCAAUUCCGUACGGUGGCUAUGAUGGUUCCAGACAGACAGAUAAUUAUCAGAGUUAAAUUAGCCAGUUGUGGAUUUUUAGAAAAUAUUACUCUGGCUCGAAAAUUUUAUACAUUAUAUAAACUCUGCGAAGAACAAUUAACAAAGCAAGUUCAUUACGAUUUUGGAUUGCGAAACAUUCUGUCGGUAUUGAGAACUUUAGGUGCCGCAAAACGGGUUAAUAGUAAAGAUACAGAAAGCACAAUUGUUAUGCGGGUAUUGCGUGAUAUGAACUUAUCAAAAUUAAUAGGUUAGUAUUAAUUGUUUUUGAUUAUAUAAUUGCCAUUUAAAAAUAUUGCUUUGUAUUAAUACGUAUAGACGAGGACGAACCUCUUUUUCUAUCAUUGGUCACCGAUUUAUUUCCAAAUCAAAUAUUAGAAAAAACAGCAUACCCUGAAUUGGAAGAAGCGAUUGAAAACCAAGUAGAAGCAGAAGGUUUAAUAUACCACGCGCCUUGGGUUUUAAAACUGAUACAAGUAAAUCACAUAUAAAUAUAUAUAAACUCAAAUCGUAAAAAUGUAUGAUUAAUGUAAAUCACUUUAGCUUUAUGAAACACAACGGGUGAGGCAUGGAAUAAUGACCCUUGGACCCACCGGAUCAGGGAAAACUUGUUGUAUACAAAUUUUGAUGAAAGCAUUAACUAUUUGUGGUGAAAGUCAUAGGUAUAUAAUAAAUAUAUAAAUAAUCCAAUAUACUUUACAAAUUAAUUUUUGGGGUUGGAUAUUUUAGAGAAAUGAGAAUGAAUCCUAAAGCAAUUACUGCUGCUCAAAUGUUUGGACGGCUUGAUGUAGCUACUAACGACUGGACAGAUGGUAUUUUUUCUGCAUUGUGGAGAAAGACACUUAAAUUGAAAAAAGGAGAACACGUAUGGUUGGUAUUAGAUGGACCAGUGGAUAGUAUAUGGAUAGAAAAUUUGAAUUCAGUUUUGGACGACAAUAAAACGUUGACGUUAGCUAAUGGAGACAGACUUCCUAUGGCACCUAGUUGUAAAAUUAUAUUUGAGCCCCAUAAUAUCGAUAAUGCUUCUCCGGCUACCGUGUCACGUAACGGUAUGGUUUAUAUGAGUUCAUCUGGGUUAGAUUGGAAUCCUGUUUUAGCAGCAUGGCUGAAGAAACGAAAUAAACGAGAGUCAAAAUUAUUUCGACGACUAUUUGAGAAUACAUUUUCAACAAUGUAUACUUGGGCAUCACAGAAUUUGAUAAUGUCUAUGAAAGUAUUGCAAUGCAAUACAAUUCAACAAGUGAUUUUAAGCUUUUGGUAGGCUUUUUAUGAUUGACCUAAUAUAAGAAUUUGAUAUUUAUUUAGAUGUUAGUGUUAUUACAAGGGUUGAUACCUAAAAAACCAGACGAAGAAGAAGGGAAAGAAGAAGAUGAAGAAGUUGAUAACGCCGAUAGUAAUUCUUCGGAAGAAGGAGAUGAUAAUGAAAGUAUGGAAAAUAAUUAUCUUAAACCGGAUAAUUUGCUGUAAGUCCAAGGUUAGGUUAGAUUAGAUUAUGUUUUAUUAUAUUUAUUUUUUUUUAGACCAAGUAAAAUACAUUUACAACGUUUAUUUACUUUUUCACUGGUGUGGGGAUUAGGAUCAUUGUUGGAAACAUCUGAUAGACAUAAGUUUAAUAACUAUCUAAGUGAUAAUUUUAAUUUGGUUCUUGAUCUUCCUAAAUUAGAAGUUCAACCAGACACUACAAUAUUUGAUUUUUUUGUUACUGAAGAAGGUAUGAAACUAAACGAUAUAAAUAUAUGUAAUUCUAAUUAAAUUAUGGAUAUCUACUUAGGUGAAUGGGAACAUUGGAACACUGCUAUGUCCUCUACUACUGCAUCAGAGUCAUCUAGUUCUGAUUAUAGCCAAGUAUUGGUUCCCAUUUUGGAAAGUGUUCGUAUUACAUACUUGAUAAAUAUCAUAGCUACACAAGAAUAUCCGGUUUUAUUGAUUGGAGAACAAGGAUCAGGAAAAACUGUAAUGAUGAAAUCUUAUAUGAGAUCUAAUAAACCAGAGCUUUAUUUAAAUAGGUCAUUUAAUUUUUCAUCUGCUACCAGCCCUUAUCAAUUUCAAGUAAAUAUAUACUAUAUAACAAAUAUUAUAACUUCAAUAACAAUAAUAUUUUUGUAUUUUUCAGAAAACAAUUGAAAGUUAUGUAGAAAAAAGAUUAGGCAACACAUUUGGCCCACCCGGAGGUCUUAAAAUGACUGUUUUUAUUGAUGACAUUAAUUUACCAGAAGUUAAUGAAUGGGGUGAUCAAAUUACAAAUGAGAUUGUUCGACAAACCAUGGACAUGAAAGGAUUUUAUAGUUUAGAAAAACCUGGUGAAUUCUAUACAUUGAAUGACAUACUUUUUGUGGGUGCUAUGGUACAUCCAGGUAGUUGACAAAAAAUUUAAAAAUUAUUUUUAAUUGUUAAAAUUGAUUACAUUAUUUAAGAAUUUAACAUUCACUGAUUUCAGGUGGAGGACGAAAUGAUAUUCCAUCGAGAUUGAAACGACAAUUUUGUAUUUUCAACUGUACUAUGCCAUCAGAUACUUCAAUUGAUAAAAUCUUUAGAGUAGUUGGUGAAACUCAUUAUAAUGCAAAACGGGGAUUUUCAAUAGAAAUACGAAACUUAGUAAAGAAACUAACACCGAUAACUAGAGAGCUCUGGCAUAGAACAAGGGUAAUAAUUAAUUUAAGUUUAUUUUUAACACAUAUAGUAUAAGAUGAAAAGAGAAAUCGUAACAAGAUGUUCUUAAAUUUAGUGAUUCAAUUAAAAAAGUAAUAAUGAUAUUAUUAUAUAUUAUAUAUUAUUUUUUAAAUUAUAGAUGACUUUAUUACCUACACCGGCCAAAUUUCAUUAUGUCUUUAGCUUAAGGGAUUUGUCUCGAAUUUGGCAAGGAAUGGUUGGGACAUUGAGUACUGUUAUUGAUUCAUCAAAAAUAUUAAUAAUGUUAUGGAGACAUGAGACUACGCGUGUUUUUUCGGAUAGGUAAAUACUAAGUGUGAUUAUAGAUAAUAUUCAACUGACAGUAAUUUUAAAACUGAGAAUAACAUAUUUUACAUAUCAUAUAUUUUCUUGUCAAAUUAAUAUUUUAAUGAUUAUGAUAAUAUGAUACAUUAUUUACAGAUUUACUACAUUGAAUGAUAAAAAGUGGUUUAAUCAAGAACUUAUAAAAGUCGUAGAAACAAGAUUGGGUACUCAAUAUAUAAGCAUGUUGGAUGUUGAUCCUCCAUUUGUUGAUUUUAUGAGGUAUAUAAUUUGAAUAAAUGAUUGUAUUUUAUAUUUAUUUUAAGAAAAAAUGUUAAGAGAUGCGCCAGAGCCUACUGGAGAAGAAGGUGAAGAAGCUGACAUGGAAUUACCAAAGGUGUACGAACCAGUCAUGGAAGAAUCUCAACUCAGAGAGAGAUUAGAAAUGUUUUUAUCUCAAUUUAAUGAAAUGGUUCGAGGUGUUGGAAUGGAUUUAGUAUUUUUUCCAGAUGCUAUGCUUCAUUUGGUUAAGGUAUAUUUAACAUGUAAAUACAAUAUUUUAAAUAGAAUACAAAUUAUUUUUUCUGUAGAUAUCGAGAAUUAUACGACAUCCUCGUGGAAAUGUAAUGUUAGUAGGUGUUGGAGGUUCUGGAAAACAAUCGCUAACAAGAUUAGCUUCUUUUAUAGCUGGUUAUAAAACCUUUCAGAUAGCGUUGACUAGGUUUGAUAAAAUAAAAUGUUACUUUUUAUGGUAUAUAUUAAACAAAUAUUAACUUUUGUACAGAUCAUACAAUAUAACAAACUUUUUAGAAGAUCUUAAAUUAUUAUAUAGAACAUGUGGCGUUCAAGCAAAAGGUACAACUUUCAUUUUUACCGAUUUAGACAUUAAAGAAGAAGGUUUCUUAGAGUACUUGAACAAUAUUCUAUCGUCCGGUAAAAUAUACUAUAAAAUAAAAUAAUUUAAACUCCUUUUUUAAAAUUAAAAUUUUUUUAUUUUGUUUAGGAGGGAUCACCAAUUUAUUUACAAAAGAUGAACAAUCUGAAAUAAUAUCAGAAUUAACUCCUAUUAUGAAACGAGAAAACUCAAAAAGAACUUUAAAUCAUGAAAUUAUAAUGGAUUACUUUUUAACAAGAACCUGUCAAAAUCUUCACGUUGUGUUUUGUUUUUCACCUGUAAAAUAUUUUUUUUAAAUAUCACAAGAUGUAAAUUUAAUAAUAAUUAUACAAUUAUAAUUUAUAGGUAGGAGAAAAAUUUCGAAAUCGAGCCCUAAGGUUUCCUGCAUUAGUAUCUGGAUGUACUAUAGACUGGUUUCAACCUUGGCCUAAAGAUGCUCUUGUUCAAGUAGCUGAACAUUUUUUGGUAGAUUUUGAUAUUGAGUGUACAGUCGAAGUUAAACGAGAACUAGUUGGAGCAAUGGGUACCAUUCAAGACAUAGUUGAUCAUACAUCAAGUGAUUAUUAUCAAAGGUUUCGCCGAGCUACUCAUGUAACACCAAAAUCAUACUUAAAUUUCAUUGGUGGAUAUAAAAGUAUAUAUCAUCAAAAACAAAAAGAAUUAGGGGAAGGAGCUCACCGUAUGGAUACCGGUUUAGCAAAACUAGAAGAGGCAUCUAUUUCCGUGGAAUUACUAAAAAAAGAUUUGGACGUAAUGGAACAAGAUUUAGCAUACGCUUCUCAAAAAGCAGAAACCGUAAGAAAAUAAAUGUUAUAUUGACAAAAAUAAAUAUUGAAAUAUAAAUAUGCUUUUAAAAUUAUUUUAAAGGUAUUAGUUGAAGUAACUGAUCGUGCAAGACAGGCAGAAAUAGUGAAAAAUCAAGUAAUGAAAGUUAAAGAUAAAGCCGAAGCCUUAGUUGAGUCUAUAGCAAAAGAGAAAGCAAUUGCUGAAGAAAAAUUAGAAGCAGCUAGACCAGCACUCGAAGAAGCUGAAGCAGCAUUAAACACUAUAAAGCCCGCACAUAUAGCUACUGUACGAAAACUUGGACGACCCCCACAUCUCAUUAUGCGUAUAAUGGAUUGUGUUUUAAUAUUAUUCAAACGAAAACUGCAUCCAGUUAUUAGUGAUACAACAGUGAGAUGUCCAAAACCAUCUUGGCCAGAAUCACUAAAGGUGAAAAGAAAUUAAGAAUUAAAAAUUUAAUCGUAUAGUUUACAGGGAAAAAAAUAAAUACUUAAACAAUUACUUGAAAAAACUUUAAUAUUUUUUUCAUGCUAGGAUAAUCAUUAAACCUAACCUAACCUUAAAAGAUACAAUAACAAUUAAUUUAAAAACAUUAGAAACCGUGUUAUUAAUAUUUUUAUAGAUGAUGGCGAGUACAACAUUUUUGCUUCAACUCCAAAAUUAUCCAAAAGAUACCAUUACCAAUGAAAUGGUAGAAUUGUUACAGCUUUAUUUUAACAUGGAAGACUAUAACAUGGACACAGCAAAGCGAGUUUGUGGUGACGUUGCUGGUUUAUUAUCGUGGACUAAAGCUAUGGCAUUUUUUCAUAGCAUAAAUAAAGAAGUUCUGCCACUUAAGGUCUGCAUACAAAUAACUGUUUCAAAUAGAUAAGAAUUUCAAGUUUUUUUUUCUAGGCUAAUUUAACAUUACAAGAAGCUAGACUGAGUAUUGCAAUGGACGAUUUAUCACAAGCUGAACUUCAACUUCACGAAAGAGAAGUGGCGUUAAAUGAGGUAAAAAGCCAAUAUGAUGCUGCUGUUCAAGAAAAACAAAGGCUAACAGACGCAGCAAAUGUGUGUCUAAGAAAAAUGACUUCGGCAACUGCUUUAAUUAAUGGUUUAGGUGGUGAAAAAAUAAGAUGGACCCAACAGAGUAAAGAAUUCAAGAAACAACUGGGACGGUACUAUAUUUCAUAAAAUGUCUAAUGUUUCUUAUAAAUUACAAUAGAACAUUUAGAAAGAAUUUUAUUAAUUAUUAAAACUGAAAAUGUACAUAUGUAUCUAUUUAUUUACCAUUAUAGACUAGUUGGGGAUGUUUUACUCGCAACAGGAUUUUUAUCAUAUUGUGGACCUUAUAAUCAAGAAUUCAGAUCAAAUUUGGUUCAAAGCUGGAUGAACAUUUUAACGACACAGAAAGUACCAUUUACAGCUAAACUCAACAUAAUCAAUAUGUUAAUUGAAAAUUCUAUGGUUAGAAUAUUACUGUAAAACAUAUGUGUAAUAGAUAUUAAUUAUUGUUGUAUAUUAUAUAUAAUAUAUAUUUAUAAUGUAACAUAAUGAUCUGCAACUUAAAAUAACUUUUGUUACAUUCAAUAUUUUUUAAUAAACAUGAAUAUGUUUUUAUGACAAUUUAAAAUAGUGAUUUUAUAAAAAAACAGAUUUUUAGAAAAAUGUUGGCAUCUGAAACUUGUUUUGGUAUGAUCUUUUAUUUUCUAAAAUUGUUGGAAGGUUUGGCAAAUGUGAAUAUUAUGGUGGUGUAUAAUCUAUUAUAUUUAAUAUUAAUCAGUCAGUAGUCAGUAGUAUUACUAUUAGACAAUUUUUGUCAUUUUAUGUACUCUAACCUCUAAUUGAAUAUUGUAAUAGAUUAUAAACCACAAUAAUAUUCACAUUUGCCAAAACUUCGAAGAUUAUAGAAAAUAAAAGAACAAAUAUAAAAAAAGUUUCAACCACUAACAUUUUUCUAAAAAUCUAUUUUAAAAAUGGCUAUUUUGCAAUUUUUUUUAAAAAUUAUAGUAAAAUUUUAAAUUUAAAUCUUAAGUACUCUCUAAACAAAAAUAUUCACACAUAAAUUAUAGCGUAGAGGCGUACUAAUUUUUAAUUAUUAAAAAAAAAAUAUUGAAUAGAAAAAAAGUUAUUUCAAGAGGCAAAUUUUCGUGUUACACCCCGCUUAUGUAAUAAAAAUAAAUUAAAUAAAUAUUGAAGGUAUCAGAAUGGACUUUACAAGGAUUACCUAAUGACGAGUUAUCAGUUCAAAAUGCAUUAAUAGUAACAAAAUCUAGUUCAUAUCCUCUCCUUAUCGAUCCACAAAACCAAGGGAAAAUGUGGAUUAAAAAUAAGGAAUCUUCGAAUGAACUCCAAAUAACAUCUUUAAAUCAUAAAUAUUUUAGAACACAUCUAGAAGAUUGUUUAUCUCUUGGAAGACCAUUGUUAAUAGAGGAUGUUGAUGAAGAACUCGAUCCUGUGAUCGACAAUGUAUUGGAAAAAAAUUUCAUUAAAUCCGGUUCGAUUGAAAAAGUAAAAAACAUCAUGCAAUGUGUGUUAUGUUUCAUAUACAAUUAAACGUAAGAUAUUGUUGUUUAAAUAGGUUGUAGUUGGUGAUAAAGAGACAGAUGUUAUGCCUGGAUUUGUUUUGUAUAUAACAACUAAAUUGCCUAAUCCUGCGUAUUCGCCUGAAAUUAGUGCUAAAACUUCUAUUAUAGAUUUCACGGUAACAAUGCAAGGGCUGGAAGAUCAACUUUUAGGUAGAAAAACAAUUUUCGAAACAUAAAAUGUUUAUAUUGUAUACAAAUAGGUACAAAUGUAUAUAUAUAUAUAUAUUAUAUCUUUUUAGGCCGAGUUAUACUUAUGGAAAAAUCCGAUUUAGAAGCUGAACGUGUAGCGUUGUUUGAAUCAGUUAUACAAAAUCAACGUUCAAUGAAAGAAUUUGAGAGUAAUCUACUGCAUAAGUUAUCGUCCAUUCAAGUAACAUGAAAAUAAAUUAAUCUUAAGUUUAAACUUUACGAUUUAUAUUUAUACUUAUAAGUUGUUAUUAUCUAGGGUUCUUUGGUAGACGACGAGGAUUUAAUAAGCGUACUUCAAGAAACUAAAGCUACCGCAGAAGCUGUAAACGCCAAACUUAAAGUUUCCGAACAAACCGAAAUAAAAAUUAUGAAGGCUAGAGAAGAGUUUCGUGCUGUUGCUGCUCGUGGAUCUAUUCUAUACUUUUUGAUAGUAGAAAUGAGUAAUGUAAACGUAAUGUAUCAGAAUUCGUUGAAACAAUUUUUAAUGAUAUUCGAUAACUCGAUAAACAAAUCGAUUAAAAGUUCGAUAACUGAAGAACGCAUUGUACAUAUUUUGCAAUAUUUAACCUACGAAGUGUGGAUGUUUACGAUGAGAAGUUUAUACGAACGACACAAACCACUAUUCACGUUAAUGUUGGCUAUGAAAAUCGAUUGCCACAAAAAUCAUAUUACACAUGAGGAAUUCAUGACUUUUAUUAAAGGUAGGUAAAUGUUUAAAAUAAUAAAUUAUUAUUAAAAUAUAAAAUUUACUAAUUACCUAAUAUUGUAAUCGGACUGUAAUAUAUUUGAACAUUUAUUGAUAAAUUUAUGUGAAAUAUAAAAAAGGUGGAGCCUCAUUGGAUUUAAAUGCAGUUAUCCCGAAGCCUUUUCGAUGGGUAUUAGAUAUUACAUGGUUAAAUUUGGUUGAACUUAAUAAAUUAUCCGUAUUUUCAAACCUUUUGAAUAAGGUAAUUUUUUUGUUGGUUGACAAUAUUUUUUUUUCUCUUAGAUUAUUUCUUAUUAUUUUAUGCAUUCAGAUAAAACAAAAUGAAAAAGAAUGGCGUUUAUGGUAUGAAAAAGAGAAACCCGAAGAAGAAGACAUACCUUGUGGAUAUAACAAAUCUUUGGACGUUUUUCGAAAACUUUUGUUAGUUAGGUCUUGGAGUCCGGACAGGACAUUGUCGCAAUCUCGAAAAUAUAUAAUGGGUAUAUGAGACAAUAAUAUAUAAAAGCGUUUGUUACCUACCAUCGUAUGUUUUAUACAGAUUCAUUAGGACAGGAAUAUGGAGAAGCAUGCAUUUUAGAUUUAGAAAAAACUUGGGAAGAAUCUGAGCCCCAAACACCACUUGUUUGUAUAUUAUCAAUCGGCUCGGAUCCGUCUCCACAAAUUAACGCUCUAGCAAAAUCUAAAGAUAUUCGUAAUAAUUAUGAAACAAUUACUAAAUAAUAUAAUGUUAAUUAUUUAGAUGUUUGUGUAAUAAAGAAUUAUUUUACUUUAGAAAUACGUUCUGUGUCUAUGGGCCAAGGUCAAGAAAUACACGCGAGAAAUAUGAUAUCCGAUUGCAUAGCAAAUGGUGGUUGGGUACUUUUACAAAACAUGCAUCUGUCUUUACCGUUUUGCACAGAAGCCAUGGACGCUUUGUCGGAUUCAGAAGAGAUACACAACACUUUUAGAAUGUGGAUAACGACGGAAGUGCACCCACAAUUUCCAAUAGCGCUACUUCAAGUAAACAAUUUUGUAGAUUAUUUAUUUAUUUUGUAUGCAGUAUUUAUAAUUUGAAUGCAUCGGUUUUAGAUGGCAAUUAAAUUUACCAACGAACCUCCUCAAGGGAUUCGAGCGAGCAUGAAAAGAACGUACCAGAAUAUAAAUCAGGUAACAACAACAAAAAAAAAAAAAAACCUAGUAGUUUAUAGUUAUGGGCUGUAUAACUCUUACCGAAUUCCUAUAGGAUAUGCUUGAUUAUUCAGCUCAACCACAAUGGCCCACUUUGCUAUACGCCGUAGCAUUUCUACACACGAUCGUCCAAGAGAGACGAAAAUUCGGACCACUAGGUUGGAACAUACCGUACGAAUUUAAUCAAGCUGAUUUUGCUGCUAGCGUUCAAUUCGUACAGAACCAUUUAGAUGAUAUGGAUCCCAAAAAAGUAACAUAGAUAUAAAACAUCAAUGCGAUGUUAUUGUACUCAAUCAUGGCGUUCGAUUUUUGAAGGGUGUUUCUUGGCCAACUAUUUGCUAUAUGUUAGGUGAAGUACAAUACGGUGGCAGAGUUACUGACGAUUUUGAUAAAAGACUUUUGAUCACAUUCACUCAGGUAGGUACAUUUUUUUAACCAUAAUAUAUAGUUACAUUAAGAUUUAUUAUAAUAAUAUUAUUACUGUUCAAUAGGUUAGGUCUUACAAUAAAACAUUCAGUUUUAAAAUGUUUUGAUUAUUAUCGUUUAAUAAUAAUUUAUUGUAUUAUUAUACAAACGUAUUAUCAUUAUAACAUUAUAUUGAAAUGAAACAUUUAUUUUAUAUAUAUAAAAAAAAAUUGUUCUGUUUGUAAACAACUUUUCGAACAAAAAAUAAUAAGAGAUACUUUUGUUGCAUUUUGGAUUCGGUUGGAUUUUAGAAUAUCCAAGAGAUUUUCAAAACAAUUGGAAAACAGAAUAACAGCAAAUAUUGACGACACACCACGGCGUUACCGAUUUCGUUGUUUUUAAUUUUUACCUUUUAUGUUUUCUACCAGAAAUAUUACCAGACAAUAUUUUUAUUUUCUUUAACGAUGGUUUUUCGUUGUUUAUAGGUAUAUUUUAAAUAAUUCUAUGUAUCUUAUUUUCCUAACUUCUUAUUUUCAACAGUGGCGCACCCAUAAACAAUGUCAGCUCUAUUUAAUUUUAUUUAAUGUAUAUUUUAGGUAUGGUUUUGUGAUGUCUUGUUGAGGCCAGGUUUUGAGUUUUACCGAAGUUAUAAAGUCCCCGGAAAUCGAAAUAUACAAGUAUAAUUUUGAGUUCAAUAAUUUAUUUUGUUUUUCAGUAAACUCAAAUAAUUUUAAGUACUAAUUAUAAUGAAACAGGGAUGUAUUGAUUAUAUAAACAGUCUACCAGUAACAGACUCACCAGAAGUGUUUGGACUUCACUCCAAUGCAGACAUUACGUAAACUUUAAUUGUUUUAUUAAGACAAAAUAAAAUGUAUUAAUUAUUAUUUUAAUUUUAGACAUCAAAUAAAUACCGCGAAAGGAAUACUGGAUACGAUUUUAAGUGUCCAGCCUAAACAGGGAGGCAGUCAAGGAGGUGAAACUAGAGAAAGUGUUGUUUAUCAUUUAGCCGACGACAUGUUAAAAAAGUUACCGAAACAGUAUAAAGAUUUUGAAGUGAAUAGUUACAAUUAUACGUUUAUUUUGUCCAACAAUUUCUAUUGUUUUUAUUAUUAUAAUUUUUAGGUAAAAGAAUCUUUGCAAAGAAUGGGCGCCUUAUUGCCCAUGAACAUAUUCUUACGACAAGAGAUAGACCGGAUAAAAAAAGUAAUCGGAAUCGUCCAAAAGACACUCUGCGAUCUGAAAUUGGCUAUUGAUGGUACGAUUGUAAUGAGUCAAGGAUUAAGAGAAAGUUUGGAUGCGAUGUACGACGCUAGAAUACCGCAGAAAUGGCAAAAAGUAGGCUAAUUAUUAUCAAUAAAGUAUAGUAUACAAUUAAUUUACUAAUGAUGAAAAUGAUAAUAUAUUUUUUUUCUCGUGGGUGUCAAAAACAAAAUAAAUAAUUAGUUAUAAACUAUUAAUUGAUGCAAUAAUAGAAAAUUCAAAAAUUGAAUAUGACUGUAAUAUAACAUAUAAAUCAGAACUAAUCGAAACGAGUGACAACUAGAGUUAAAAAUAGAAUUGAACUGUUUAUUCUGAUCCCUGUCCCCUGCUAUAAAACAAUAAAUAUAAAAUAGUUAAUAGGUGUUAGCUCUUUGGUAAUUUAGGUGUCUUGGGAAUCAGCAACUCUAGGAUUUUGGUUUACUGAAUUGUUGGAACGAGACAAUCAAUUUAGAAAAUGGAUAAACAACGGGCGACCAAAUGUGUUUUGGAUGACUGGGUUCUUCAACCCUCAAGGAUUUUUGACAGCAAUGCGACAAGUACCUAUACGAUUUUUAAUAUAAUAUGAAAAUCACUUCAAAUUCUCAUUCGAAUAUCAGUAUUAUAAAAAUGAUUUUAUAUCGUGUCAUUGUAGGAAGUGACAAGAGCGCACCGGGGUUGGGCUCUCGAUUCGGUAGUACUUCAAAACCUAAUCACGCGGCAUAACAAAGACGAGUUGAGCGAUUCUCCGCCAGAGGGCGUGUACGUAUGCGGAAUGUUUUUAGAAGGGGCUAGCCUAGAUCGAAAAACUGGCAAGCUAGUGGAGAGUAAACCGAAAGUCCUGUACGAACAGAUGCCGGUCAUUUAUGUGUUCGCUAUUAACACGACCGCGGGCAAGGAUCCGAAAUUAUAUGAAUGUCCGAUCUACAGAAAACCACAGAGAACGGAUCUCAAAUACGUGGGUUCGAUAGAUUUCGAGACGGACAACAAUCCGAGACACUGGACGUUGAGAGGCGUUGCUCUAUUGUGCGAUAUAAAAUAAAAAUAUUGCUUGCAGAUUACCUAUUCAUUAUACAUUAUAAAAUCUGAAUAUUUCAAAUUUGAUUUGUCCAACGGAAAUAUUGCACGUUCAUCAGGUAUAAUUUACAUAUACCUACAUCAGUUUGCGAUGCAAAGGUCGUUAAACGCCAUUAAAAUAAAAAGAUAUAACUAUGUAGUGUGCAUUGUUUUUGUUUAAGUUUCAAAUCUUUAUUUCUGUAAUAUUGUAAAAUAUUAUUAAAGAUGUGUCCAGCGUUAAUUUAUUGAUCGUAUAUUUUUCCCUCCUUCGAAUUUUCCAAUCGACAAUA